GGACAGCCCGUCGUCGUGCAAGUUACACGACUUGGUAGUGGGUACAAAGGUCCGCGAGUAACGGCGCGUCCGACGCUACCGGGGCGAAAUGUUGUACUUUGUCCGGAUGGUGAAGGCGUGUACGUGUCCCGUAAGCUCAUGGGGCGAGCGCGAAAGUAUGUGAAAGACGUCGGCGCGACGGUGUGUCCGAAAGGGAGUGCGUUGAUUAUGCGCACGGAAGCCGCGGGCGUGAAUCAAGACACGCUCAAGCUCGAUAUCGGUUGCCUCGCCGAGGACUGGGAUACAAUCGUCGAAGAGUCCGAGCGCGCUAUACGGCAUGCCGAGUUGACGCUGAGACCUCCUCCGCCUCGGCGUUUGUUACAAGCCGCGUCGCGCGAGCAAGUUCUCGUGCGCGACUUGUUCGGUGAGCGCGUAGCGAAGCUCACCGUGGACACUGAAGAAUCGUACAAAACCAUCGUAGACGAUUUGCUUCGUACGGGUGCUUCGCAAGAAAUAAUAAAUCGCGUGGUGUUGCACCAAGGCGCCGAGCCAGUGUUCAAGGCGCUCGAAGUCGACAAGGUUAUCGAGACGAUGAUGGGGACCGAACGCAUCUUCCUUGGGCCGGAACUUUCUGGAGCUCACAUCGUCAUUCAGCACACGGAAGCACUCACAGCGAUCGACGUCAAUGCCGGCAGAACGGCGAUGGGCGCUGGAGAGGAUGGUGAAGAAGUCGCCUUGCGGGUAAACAUCGCCGCUGCUGAGUUGGUGGCAAGGACGCUGCGCCUACGCGACAUCGGUGGUCUCGUCAUGCUUGAUCUGAUUGAUAUGCACACAGAUGAUGCUCGCAAGGCGGUCGAAACCGCUUUUGAAGCCAUCGCGUCUCGUGAUCGCGCACAGGUUGUCUUUGUACCUAUAUCUGCCCUUGGAGUUAUGGAAGUUGCUCGUGAGCGGCUCCAA